AUGCCACAUUAUUCAAGAUUACUUCCGGUCCCAUCAACGUUACCGAUAUCUCCGCAAAGUGCCAAUAUAGCAAAUUCAAUAUUUGCUCAAUCACAACUUCGACAAGCUCCAUUACCAGCAAUUGGCACUGAUAUAACAAAUGCUGGAAAUAAUUUAGCCACAUUUCUUAGUUCUGAACAUGUUGUUGAGGAUAUUUCAAAAAUUGCUCGUAAUUUAUUGAGCUUACCAGGGUCUAAUCAGCAAGAAUUAUUUUCGGCAUUAACCUCAGCAAUCACCGGUAACAAAGCACUUUUACCUACCGGUAACGCAAUUGCCGACACUCCUGUUAUACAACCCUCAAAUAUACUGAAUACCAAAGAGCUUUUUUCAACCUUAGCAGAAAAAGAAAUUUUGGCAACAAAUUCGAGCACUCUAACAGAUAAGGAUGUCGAAAAAGCAUUGAAAAAUUUUCCGGAAGAAGAACGAGCUCUGUUGCAAGCAGCAAUACAAUCUGGUGAACUAGAAACUGGCAGUGUAUUAACAGCUAUCAAUGGAUCAAGCAACAGCACAACUGCAUCGCUGAAACAGCAUGAAAAUCGAUUACUUGAAUGGAUUCAACAAAACCGUCCAAGACCUUCCGCCAAUGUCAAAAAUCCAGCAACUAUUCCAUCUGAUAAAUUACCAUUUUAUGGCAAAUAUUGUGGAAGUUUUGUUGAUCAGAGUACUUCGAAGAAACAUUAUGACCUUGCUGGUGCAGUGUGGGCUGUAGAUAACCAUCGUUUUAUUAUUUCAAAGUUCCACUUCGUUCCUGGAUCACUUCUUACAGAAAAUGUAACAUUUUGGGCUGGUCCAGCCAAUAUUACUGGAAAUGCAUCAGCAGAUAUGACACCAAAUGCUAAUGGCUUUUAUUUAGAGCCGCAACCAAUUGAUAUUAUGACCUUUUUAACCAAACCAAUUCAGAAGAUUGAAGCCAAAAUAAGAAAACCUGUAACGUCUGAAACAACUUCACCAUUAGAUUCUCAAGAUUUUACGGUAAAAAAUACAGUAAAACGAGCAAAACGAGAUCAAUUUACUGAGUUCUAUGAAGAGCCAGCAUUCAGCUUUAUGCAAGAGGUUCCAACAGAAGCUCAUCAGGGUGGUUCUGAUGGCAAAACUGUACGAUUAGUGGCUGAGGAUGGCAUUUUGGAAACAGCAAAUUAUUCUUCAUUAUUUGCUAAUAAAACUUUUGUGUCUGAUGAUCAACCAAAGAAUGACAUUUUGGACAACAAAACUGAAUUCUCACAGGACACUACUUCAAAUAAUAUACCAUCAACAACUGGAACUGCUGCUACUACUACGAAUAAUACUGCUAUUGGCACAACAUCAACGGAAACCGCAGUAACAGCAGCAACAACAACAAAACACCAUGAUUCACCAACAACGAUAGCAACUGAAAGCAAAACAACACAGACGAUAACAGAAUCCACAAAACCAGCAACUGUACCAACAGAUGCGGAUACAUCAGUCACUGCAACAGUCAGCAUUCCAGCAACAGAAGUUACAGCAGUACCAUCGAUGCAGUUGUAUUCACCAUCAGCAGAAGAUUCAGCUGUUAAAGCAGAAAAAUCAGAUACCAUAACACCACUUGGAUGGUAUGCCGGAUUUCAACCGUUACUGUUGACACUACCAGAAACUAAGUGGUUAAAAAGUGUCUAUUGGUUAGCAAUCAGAGAUCAUAAACGUCAGCGCACAGUUGCAUCUGUUUUGAUUCCAAAUGGUCCAGCAUUUAAAAUACCAGCAGUUGUUCUACUAAGACCACUGAGCUCUAACGGUGUUUGCACAGUAACAUCAGGACCAAUUAAGGUUUUGGAUAUAAAAACCAUUGAGAUCAGUGAUCUGACGUUCCGCUGUGAUGGUGUAGCCGCCUGGUUUAUGAUUGGUAAAGAUAUUUUGCCAAACGAAAGCGGCAAUAUCGUUCCAAUAUAUAACAGACAGGCAAAUACGUUUGACUGUGAUUCGUUGCCACACUAUGAUAAUCAGACCGUAACAUUACGGUUACCCGGUGCACACGAUAUUAAAGAUGUUUUCUGGUUUUCAAUAUUUUCAAUGAAGCAAGGAGUAUCGCUAUCGCACAUCUAUUUACCUUACAAUGAUAUGCAAUUACCGCCCGAUCUCAAUGGAAUAGCUGUCAGUUUUUCAUCUGUUUGA